UCGUUGCAGAAACUAGUUCAAAAGGUUAAUUUAUGAUUGGAAUGUGGAACGAGCGCCUGUGCCUGUGCACAGAUGAGUGUAACGGUUGUUAUUGCCCGUACCGCAGAACCGGCGUCAGAUACUGACUGCAUGACAUAACAGCUGCUGUGACGUCACAGCAGGAGGAGAAGAGAACUGGUGUGUUGAGAUGCCGCGGGGAACACGCCUAAAUAUAACGAACGUGUUUCCUUCGUCGAUAUCAGAUGGGCGUGCAAAACGUUAGCGUGACUCAACGUGUACAGUACGUUAUUAACGUCUCGUACAACGUUUUUUAACGUUAACUUUUGUUAAAUAUAAGCAUCGUAUCGGAUUGUAUAAGUCACAGAGGAUUGUGUUGUUGUAUACCGUGCGACAAUAAAACAAAGAGAAGGGGGAGAAAAACAUGUUUGACGUUGAGAAAUUUAUUAGUGCCGUAGAGAAGAGGCCUGCCAUCUACAAUUGUAAGUUGAAGGAAUACAGCAAUCGUGACAUUAAGAGGAAAUAUUGGGAUGAAAUCGGUAAAGAGAUGUACGAAAAAUGGGACAGAUAUUCGGCAGUUGAGAAGAACGAAUUGGGGAAGCUUAUGCUAACAAAAUGGAAGUCGAUACGAGACCACUUCAAGAAAGAACUUAGAGCAAACAGAGCGUCGAAGAAUGGCGAUCCUGCGACGAAGAAGAAGAAGUACAUAUACUACGAUAAUCUUCUAUUUUUGAUUCCUCUAUUGGACGAUAAUCAUCAAGCAACCACAAACUUUACUUUUGCCAAUGAAUCUUCGGAUUGUUUGGAUGUUCUGGAUGAACAGGUGACAGAAACGAUCGCUAGCAGCUCUACAGAAUUCUUAACUAAUGAAGCAGCAUGCUCGACACCCACCACGUCUGCACCCAGUUUUCCAUUCCCCGAGCCUCCUAGGCGUAAAAGAAUGGACGGUAAGAAGAAAGCAAGCCUGGAGGAAGAGAAUUCGGAGGCUAUACAAAGGCUUACUAAGAUACUGUCGGAGAGUGUUGCCAUUCAGAAGGAAGAAAUGAAUGACGAAUCGGGAAACAAGGCAUUUUUACUAUCACUUUUACCAUUCAUGAAUAAGAUAUCCGACGAAGAAAUAUUAAGUGUGAGAAUUAGACUUAUUGAUGUGGUACGCGAGGGGUUGAAGAAAUCCAAAUACGACCAGCAUUCUUCGUUCACAGCUAACAUACAGGAACCACUAUCGGGUAGCACUGCCAUAUCGGCAACCGCUAAUGAUGACACUAGCGAAUCUUCGAUAUGUUCGUUUCUAGAUUUAUGAUCCUCAAUCGUUUAAUUAAAUAUCAUUAUAAAUUUUAUCAUUUCAUUUCUUCAUUUUGUAAAAAAUAUUUUAAAAAGUAAAUAAACAUUUCAAACCCAUCCUUAAAUUGUUUUAUUUCUCAUUAAUAAGCUUCAUCUUAUACUGUACAAGCUGUCUCCUCUCUAAGGGUGUAGGUUCGGACCCUGUUGGUUCGAACCCACGCCGUAGAAAAUAUAUAUGCUUGGGAUAAUAUGCCAAAUGUUCUUUCAUCUUUUCAGGGACGUGGGUUCAGACCCUUAAUGAUCCGAACCCACACCCUGAAUUACAAUUUUCGUAAUUAACGUAAUAUUCAACACUGAUUAAAUUAUAAAUCGUUUUUAUUGUAAGGUUUUCAGGUUAUUCAUCAGAUUAUUUUGAAUUUUACAUUGUUCAACGUUAAGGAAUAAUUUUGAUUGUUUUGCUUGCAAACUCACCCCAUUUUUCUCCAUAAUUUGCUCUCUUUUGAAUACUUAAUAUUGUAUUUACUGUACUAACAAACGGAGCUGCAGACGUAUUCACCUGCUCCUGCCAGUAUCAGCAGUGCUCUUCCUUAGGCAAAAAGGAGUAUCGAUGAUUAACACAAAGAUACCGCAGGAAAAUCAAUGUUAGAUUAUAGAAAUUAACA